AUGCGCCCUCCACAAGAAGCGCCAGUGGCUUUUCCGAGUGGUUUUCCUCCCGUUAAUGUAAGUUCUUUUACUGUGAAUACGACAAAGAAGGAAGAUACUAAAGGAGAUGAAGGAGGCUCCGGAUAUGGGGGCUUCACACCGCCCCAAGCGAGGCGUUCAUCCUCGUCUUCUACCGCCUCGAUGCGAGUAUUUAAAACAUUUCUUCUCUCUGUCUUUCUUUCUAUUAUCUUUCUUGUAGCUAGAUGCGCAAAGUUUGUAGCUUUAUCCCAUAUCAGGGCAGGGGAAACACCGCGACGGCUGGCGGAAGAAUGGAGUACCACUUCUUCAGACGAAUCUGAUGCUGCUACUAUUGCAGACAUCUGUUUGAGUAUAGAAGAGUCAAGCCCAGAACUGGCUCAGCCACCGGAAGUGCAGCAGCAGAUGCUGGAGGACCUGCAGCAGGAGCUGCAGAGCCAAAUGAUGCUGGCGCUGCAACAGCAAGAGGGUUCCCUGCCGCAGCAGGACUCGUACCUGCUUCCACCAGGGUAUUUGCCGCAGGGAGAGCAGGAGCAGCAACAGCAGCUGUUUGACGAAGAUCCGUUCGGUGGGCUGCAGGAGCAGCAGCAGCUGCUUGACGGAGAUCCGUUUGCUGUGCCACAGCAGCAGCAGCAGCAGCAGCAGCAGGCAGAGGAGCAGCCACAGCAAGAGCAGGAGCAGGAGCAGGUAGAUGAUGAACAACCGCAGCAGCAGCAGCAGGGAGAGGAACAGCCGCAACAGAAAGAGGGGGAGGGGACGGGACUGCUAAUGCAUCUGCUGUUGACCGGCAAGGUGCCUGAUUUCAACUGGCCGGGGGGUGAGCAGCAGCAGGAAGGCGAGGGCGGGCAGGGGGGAGAUCAGCAGCAGCAAGAAGGCGAGGGCCGGCAGGGGGGAGAUCAGCAGCAGCAGGAAGGCGGGGGGCCGGGGGAGGAAAUGGGGCUGCUAAAGAAACUGCUGUUGGCCGGCAGGGCGCCUCGUGCCAACUGGCCGGGGGGUCAGCAGCAGCAGGAAGGCGGGAGGCCGCAGCAGGGAGAUCAGCAGCAGCAGGAAGGCGAGGGCGGGCAGGGGGGAGAUCAGCAGCAGCAGGAAGGCGAGGGGCCGCAGCAGGAAGAGCAGCAGCAGCAGGAAGGCGGGGGCCCGCAGCCGGAAGAGCAGCAGCAGGAAGGCGAGGGGCCGCAGGGGGGCGAUCAGCAGCAGCAGGAAGGCGAGGAGGCGCAGCAGGAAGAGCAGCAGCAAGGAGAGGAGGGACAACGGCCGAUGAAGAAGCAGAGGAGGCGGGAUAUUACUCGGCCGAAGGGGCCCCUGCUACGGAGUGUGCUGAUGCAUCAGACCAUGCAGCAGCAGCAGCAGCAGCAGCUGGAGCAGUUGCGGCAGCAGCAGCCGCAGCAAUCGACGUAUCCUUAUAUGCUGGAUUGGGGGUUUUUGGAUGCGUUAGAGAAGGAGAUGCGGCUUCUGCUGGGGAUGCAGGAGCAUAUGGAGGAGCAGCAGUUCUUCGAUACACAAUUGCUGCAGCAUAGACAGGAGGCUGAGCAGCAGCUGCUGCUGCAGGAGCAGCGGCUUCUGGAUCAGGCGGAGCUCCUGGAAACGCAAUGGCUGCUGCAGCAGCAACAUCUGCUUCAGCAGGAGGCGUUGUUGUGUAAGCAGAUGGGGGCGCAGCGGGGCCUUCUGAACCUGCAGCGGCAGCUCUUGGGAAAGGUGCGGGAGAUGGAGCAGCAGGUGUCGGCCUCUAUAUCCCAAACGCAGAAGCAGCAGCAGCGGAUUCUGCAGCAGCAACAGUUUCUGCAGCUGCUACAGACCCCGCAACAGCAACAGAUUCUGCAACAGCAGCAACAGCAGCAGCAGCAGCAGCAGAUUCUGCAGCAACAACAGCAGCAGCAGCAGCAGAUUCUGCAGCAGCAACAGCAGCAGCAGCAGCAGCAGAUUCUGCAGCAGCAACAGCAGCAGCAGCAGAUUCUGCAGCAGCAACAGCAGCAGCAACAGAUUCUGCAGCAGCAACAGCUGCAGCAGCAGAUUCUGCAGCAGCAGCAGCAGCAGCAGCAGCAGCAGAUUCUGCAGCAGCAGCAGCAGCAGCAGCAGCAGAUUCUACAGCAGCAGCAACAGCAGCAGCAACAGCAGCAGCAAGGCCAAGCUGUACGUGUGCCGCAUGUGGAUACAUCUGGACCUCGUUUUCCGCAGCGGCAUGGCUCAGGUAUGCUGCUUCCGUUUGGUGUUAGUGGUAGUGCUGCUUCUGCUGCUGCUGCUGCUGCUGCUUCUGAUGCUGAUGCAGGAGAGGCGCUGCGGCAGCCUUUUGCUAAAAAGCCGGCGUCGGAGGUGAGUAGACACCCGGGAGGGGACUCUGAUUCUUCUUCUCCACCACCUGCAAAGCGCGCGAUGGUUCUGUAUGGUCAUCGUACCGAAAUGUCUGCUGUUUACAUCUCGCAAAGCGGACACGGAGGAGGAGAAGACGCAUUAGGGAGAGGUGGAGGUGCUGCUGAUGCUGAUACUGAUACUGCUGCUGCUAUUGCUGCUGCUAUUGCUGGUGUUACGUCUCCUGAUGCCUGGCUUGGAGGAGUUUCUUCAGGUCUUUCUGCUGUCUCGUCUGCUGCUAUUGCGUCUCCUACGAUUACUUCUAGUGGCGCACCUUAUGCUGAAGGCGAAGAAGCAGGCCCCUCUACUGCUGCUGCAGCAUCAACAGUAUUGUCUUCAGCUUCUCCGUCAACCCCUGCUGCGCCUGCAACCCCCUCGUCUUCUUCUCCGCCUCCUUCAACUACACCUACUGCCUCUGCUUCUUCUUCUUCUUCUUCUUCUCCUUCACAGUCAGAGGGCGCCUCAGGAGCUCCUACUACUUCAAGUAGAAGAAAGAAGAAGAGCAAGAAAAAAUCUCGUCGGCUGCGGAGAGUGAGCCCUGUAAUGCAUGCAGUUGAAGGAUCGCUUUUAGUUAGAGGGGCUUCAGGUGUAUCUACACUUGGUGUAGAUAUUUUUGAGGCUAGCAGUGGGUUUUAUAUGAUGGAAACUUUGUUGAGGUUAGGUGAAGCGCAAGAAGAAGAAUCAUCUAAUGAUCAUAUGUUUCUUUCUCAUCCGUUCUACCGCUUACCUGUUCUAGAUGAAGGUGUUUUAGGAGCUCCAGAAGAGACACUUCAAUCAUGGAAGGCCUUAAUAAAGGAAAUUCCUUUUGCAUUAUCAUUCAGACACCGCAGGGAUUAUGGUGAACAAUUCGGCGAAAACUUGCAGCUUUGCUAUCGCCUAUAUGAAGCAUUAACACUUCUCAAAGACGGAGUGAGACCAUCUCCGAAGGAAACAGUUUAUUUAAAACGAGCGAUUUUAUAUAAUAUGCCGAGUACUGACUUUGGUACUCCAAAGUAUGAUCCUUGGAGAGAUGCAGAUAGUGAAUGGAACAAAGAAAAUGAAAACAGAAUGCGCAUGCAGUGA